AUGGCAGCAGUGGCCAACGGUGCUGCGUCCACCGCCGCUCCGGCUGAGGCUCAAGACGCAGGCUCAUACCCCCUCGCGGCGCAGAUCCCGUUGAAGUCGUUCCAAUUGCCCGAGUUCCCUCAACAAGCCUCGCGGCUCAGGGAGCUGACUCUGACGGCCGACAUCAAGCUCGACGAAUACCAAUUCAUGGUCCAGACGCCCUCGGACGCGAUCAUCACGCAACCACCGCUGGACGAGCUCCCCCAAUCCAUCACGCACCUCACGUUCGAGCUCUUCGGCCUCGGAUUCCCCGGCACGCCACCGUUCCUGACACGCAUCGCGCGGUCGCUGCCCAACAUCCGCAGCGUCACCUUCUUCAGCUGCCUGAUCGACGGGCUGGACGACCACUCGCGGCGCGACGCCGAGAACUUCUUCUCCCUCCUGCCGAACCUGAAGGAAUUGCACAUCAUCGACUCGUUCGCGCGGCCGGGCUUCUUCACCACCGUGGGGUCGCAGCUCGAGAAACACGCGUCCGUCGACGACCCCGCGCGGGGGUUCAAGCUCGUCGACGUGUCCUACACCUUCCGCGGGCACGAGGACUCGGACUUCCUGGCCCGCGUCCAGGGCGAGGACCUCCCGAGCCUGAUUGUCAAGGGCAUCGUGGGCGCCUCCUUUGAUUUUGUGCCCCAGCGCCAGGACGAUCUGCAGGAAGCCGAAGCCGACGACGACGGCAAGGACAAGCCGGUGGGGAAGCCGAACGAGGGGGUCCUCCCCUUUGCCUGCGACGGGCGGGCCCCGGCCGCGACGAGGAAACGGUUCGAAACCCUAAGUCACGGAGGCGAGCUGACGAGCUUGAAAGUCCUCAAUCUGGGCAUGUGGUCGUUGCGGCCCGACGAGGUCGGCCAGGUCGUGUACGCCUGUGCCGGCGGGUCGCGGUCCCCCGGUCUCGCCGACUUGACCGUGAGCGUGCUGCUCGAGGACGGCUGGGUCGGAAAACUCGCAAAGGGGCUGGACCAGAACGGCGUGGCGGCCGAGUUGGAGAGCGUGGAGAUCAUCGGCGUGCCUGAUCGGGCCGAGGAAGAGGGCGAUGACUGGAAGGCCGGACUGUCAGUGGUGAAGAAGGACGACGUCGAGAAGAUCGCGGCAGGGGCGCCCAAGCUGGCCAAGGUCGGCAUGAGUAUUCUCAAGGUGAAAACCGCGCCGAAUGUCUUGUUCUAUAAAGUCGAGGGCGAGGGGUGGAAGGAGAGGUGA